ACCAGUGUACUAAUUGAACGAUAGCGAUGCAUCGUCAAACAAAGCGCGAAGCAUGAUAUGUUUGCUCAGAACUUUAAUACGUACCUCUCUACACUAGUUCGCGUAUCUCUGCGCGCGCGACUCAGCCGCUGCAUAAGUCACUCACGCAGGCGUGCGCAGCGGCACAGCGGCGAAUUCAAGCUUGAGAGCCGGAGUUAUUAAAGCAGCGCGCCGAAGCCGGUUGACUUAAAAGUAAUUCAAACCUUGAAUGAAACUGAACGCAUUACCAUAGAGCGCCGAUCCGCGAAGCUGCAAGAUUCUCAGCGCACAGACCCGCAUUCCGAACGUAUUUAUUUCCGACGUGUUUCAAAGUUUCAAACAAAAACGAAAAGUGUGGUAAAAGUGCCCAAAAUGCGCGAUAUUGUGACGAAGGUAAGUGUGAAUCGUCCGGUGGACAGAAAACCGCCAACCCCGUAUAUUCCCACCUGUGAGCUGGUUGCUGCUGCCCCAACGAAGACCAACCAUGCGGAUCAAGAUCAAGAAUCAAAAUCUAUCACUUCGCAAGACAAUCGACGACCAUCACUUAACACAAAUGGAAAAUCGGAUAUUCCAUCAUAUCAAUCCUUCCAAAAGUAUCUGGAUAGUUAUACUGGGCUCAAGUUUAAACCGGUGAAGCCCGGCAAAGUUGUGGAAAGUUCCCAGCAGGAACCGGAACAAACAUCGACGCACGUUGUGGACGGCGAAGGAAAACCACACGCCGGAAUCACCGUAAAUAAAGAUGACGCGCGCACCCACAAGGCCGAAAUAAUGAUUCAAAUCAAAUCGAAUCAGGAAUAUCAACAACAAGUGCCAAAGCAUGAGAAUGAGCAACCUCGAGAAGUAGCCGUGUUUGAUAAACAGGCAUUGAGCGUGACGGAGGUCGGCGCACCUCCGCCACCGCCGCCGCCAAUGGCGCACGUGUUUCCAGCGAAAAGCGCGCAAAUCAAGAGCAUCGUCUCGCACAACACCCGCGUGGUGAAGAAUGGCGGCGUGCAACGUGUGCAACCCACAAACAAACUGCAAUCGUGUGUUAUGGACGAGUUGAAAGCAAAACACCAGCCCAAAGAGUACAAGGAAGUCACGCGCGGCACGUACCCACGAAGGACGAGCGAGCCGAUAAAUAUGCAGCACGUGCAUACUCUUCCUCGAUUCAAUCCCGACAAAACCAACCAGCUGAAACAACCAGUUUCGCCACAAUUCAAGAAAGCUCCAGGUGCCAAUCAAGCGCUGAUAUUUGGUUCGUUACCACGACGCUUGAGCGAACAGCAUACGAUCCCGAUUAUGUUGGCCAACCCCGAGGCGCAGGUCGUGACGCGGGUACCAGCGGCUCGACCGGAUGCCCCUGUGGACCGCGACGAUCCAAGCGUGAAGAAGCUGGUGUAUGCAACGCUGAGAAACUACGUUGGGGCGUACAACAACCGCGCGAAUCUGCUCGCCGCGCAACAUGAUGGGCACGUUAUCCAGGACAAAGGUGUCACCGAACAGAUUAAAAGCAUUACUGCAUCUGGCAACUUGGCUUCUUUGAACGGACGUGUCAAUCCCAAGGCAAGCGAAUAAUUUCCAGGAUUACUCUCUGACUGAUACUCCACAUGCUUCAUUCCUAUAAAUAUAUGCCGGGACGUAAUAUUUUCCAUGCUUCAAUUAUAUUGUUCAAUUGUGAUACUAUACACAGUAAUGAUAUUUACUGUUAGAAUUAAGCUUUGUUUCAGUUGACUUUUUCGUCAUCUGAGUAUUUAUAUAUCUUUGGAAAUAUUUGUUAUAUUCAUUUCUAUGAUAAGUAAAAUAAAUUAUAUCUUUUUGAUCAUA